CGUGCAGCUGGAGCAGAGCCUACUGUCAGCUCCUCAGAUUGAGCACAGUUAGCCCGACAGCUACCGAAUAGCGCUGAUCAACGGGAUAUACUGUCAGUCCGUUCUCUGUGUAAUUUCUUCGGCGUGUCUCAUAUAUCAUUAGUCAAACUGGGAAGGAUAAUAAUCACCAGGGUCGCCUCUUCUCUCAUCACUUCAAAGCGAAAAGACGACGAGACGACUGAAAUCGAAGCUAACGUUGGUUAGCUAGCUCAUGUUAGCUUACCAACGCAAUGGCUCACAGGUGUAUCCAAGAUGAUGUAAGGCCCUGCUGCCUGUAGAGACAAGAUGACUGAAGUACAGGCCACAGUGGAGUUCUCUGUGGAGCUCCACAAGUUUUACAAUGUGGACCUGUUCCAAAGAGGGUUUUACCAAAUUCGUGCCAGUGUGAAGGUGCCUCCCCGGGUUCCACACAAAGUUGAAACCAGUCUGCUCCAUCCUGGAGGCUCUGAUCUGGCAUUCCCUGCUUCAGUCCAAGAUGACGUCAUCUGCAGCAAAACUUUCCAAAUCCUGUACAAGAACGAGGAGGUUGUUGUCAAUGAUGUCCUCCUCUUUAAAGUGAUGAUGCUGCUAGAUGAGAAGAAGGUGGAAGAGUCUCUCAAUGACAUGGAUUUCCAACUAUUCUUGGAUUUGUACUUCACAGAUGGUGAUUACACGCCAGAUGAUCCAAACUCUCUACAGAAUAUCAGUGGACGCACACUUCGUUUGCACUUUAGCCUUCAGAAAGGCAUCCACCAACAUGUCAAUGUCAUGUUUGAUUACUUUCACCUGUCUGUCAUAUCUGUAGCCAUCCAUGCUUCCCUUGUGGCAUUACAUCAGCCUCUUAUCAGUUUUCCUAGACCAGUGAAAACCACAUGGCUAAACCGCAAUGCUCCUGCACAGAGCAAAGACUCAGUCAUCCCACCCCUGGAGAAUGUGGUGUUUGGCAGCAGUUAUGUCAAGCAAGUGUCACCAGAUGGCAGGACAUUCUUGGUAUCUGACCCCUGUCUUCAGCAUGCCUUCAGUCUGCACCAAAACCUUUGUUCCAAUCUCUUACUGGCCUAUCAGGGUCUCUUUGGGUACUUCACCAACAUUACCAAGGACCUGCCCUCCUCCCACCGCAUGGAACUAGCCAAGCCCAGCAUGCAAGUCCUUUAUGAGAGAGUACUCAGAAGACCCUAUCCCCGAAGUCAAAGGCACGUCUACAUAGAACAACUUGACUUAGAGGCCCGUCUAGCUGAGCUAUGUGACCAAGUCAAGAAAAAAGCAGAGUCCCCUGAUGAGUUGGCAGAAUUAGUAAAUAUGAACCUGGCUCAGCUCUGCUCUCUACUCAUGGCACUCUGGGGGCAGUUCUUAGAGGUUGUGUCCCUGCAGGAACAUGUUGCCGCUCUGCUUGCUAUGGAGCACCAUACGCUGAGAGUAAGGCGGUUUGCAGAGGCUUUCUUUUGUCUGGAACAUCCACGACAAUCUGCUCUGGCAUAUCAAGAGUUACAUGCUCACAGUCACCAGCAGAUGACUAAUGCAAUCAAAACCUCCAGCUAUUUUCUGUCUUUGCCACCGCUUCCAGUGGAAUGUGCAGACCUGGAUGGUGAUGUUAGCUCACUGCCAAUCAUCUUUGAAGACAGAUACCUGGAUUCCAUCACUGAAGAUCGUGAUGGACCCUGGCUCGGCAUGCACAAUACAAGGACCGGCUCAGUUUCCAGUAAAAGUGAUAAGCUCAACUUUAAGGACUGCAGCGCUGCAGCGAGCCUCAUACCUGAUCCUCGGGGUGCCCCUGAAGAUACCACCUGGGCAGAGAACUAUGAUCCACCGCCAAAGUCCAAGGGAAAGUCAGUCAAAAUGAAGAAAUAUUCAAAGACUGAGAAUUCCAAGAAGCUAAUUAGACAAGGCUCUAAGGACUCUGUAGUUCUAGUGGGGUAUAAGAACCUUAAAGUCCCUUUUGGUGAUGCCAGCACAAAGUGCAAGGAAAAGGAAAAUCCAGUAAACCCAGAGGAAGAGCAAGAUACCUUACAGGGGAACUUGAGUAGUUUUUUAAGAACUAAUGCCAAUUCUGUUUGUAAUUUGGGUGCCACAUCAGCACAUUCUGAAAAGAGUGGGGCUGAUUUGAUUGCUGAGGACAAUAUAACUACUGCUGCUGUUUGUCAAAAAAGUUCCAUCAAAAAUCUUUCAAACACGGAUGCACAGAACAAUCCCCAGGCAGGUACUGGGGCUAUCACUACAUGCAACCAACCACUUCACAAAGAGCAAGUUGACCAUUGUGGCCAAAAGCUAUUACAGUGGCCUGCUGGACUUAAACAAAUUGAGGUCAAACCAAGUAACAAGGACCCAUACCAAGGGGACAAAGUUACCGUUCUCCUACCUUGUCGGACUGAUGCGACUCCAAGCAGUAAUGUUCCAGAGAUUACCGAGACUGACCUCUGUGACUCAAAGCAGCCUAUGGUGGACUCUGUGUUUGAGAGGCCCGGUAAGGAAGCAUCACGUGGUACUCAGCCUGGUGUGGUCUCAGUGCACAUUAAAGGUGAUUGUAUCAGACUGCCAGAUGGAGGAGUCCCCAGUGCCUCUUCCCGUCUGUCAGACUCGGGGAUUGAGAGUGAGCCUAGCUCUUUUGCCACUCAGCUUAUCCCUGGACCACAGACCUGUGCAGGGCAAGCGGUCACUGAAUCAGGUGCUGCUUCCCUGCAGUCUGAGAAACCUCUUCUGAGUCCUGCACUGCGGUCUCUUCAGCAAAGUUUAGCACAGAAGCCCAGUGGUGCAAGUGAAAUACUUAUCCCAGAGAAUACCAGUGCUGUCAGUGGAGUCCAGUCCUCUCUCACAUCCAUUAACUCCUUGCCCUCAGAUGAUGAGGGUGAUGGUUCUUCUAGAGAUGCCAGUGGAGCUGAGGUCCGUACUAGGAAAUCCAGUGUCCUGGUGCAGGAGCAGAGUGUAGUCUUCUCUGGGGAUAACACUACCCGGCCUGCCAUUGAUGUUGACUCCAAAAAUACUCCUCACACUGUGAUAAGUGAUUCCCUGACUUCAAAAUCUGUCUGUGAUUAUGAAACUGAUCAAAAAUUAGCAAGUGUUUCUGACCUUGGAUUAGAGGGAGCAGAGUGCAGUAAAGAAUCACGUAGUGAACCCCACACAGCCUGUCCAUCCAGUAACUCUGCCACAAGUAGUACUGACCUGGUAAAACGAGGGAUGGUUGAGAACUAUUUUGGUUCAUGCUCUAGUACAGAUGUGUCUGAGAUUAGCCCUGUGGAAACAUCUGCAAUUACACUUGGGAUCCAGGCUGAACCUCAGGUUGAGGAUGAUGAGGAUGAGACAGAGCAUGAGAUGAUUGAAAAUGGUUAUUAUGAGGAAGGGGAUGGCUAUGCUUUUGUGAAUGGUGUUACUGAUGAGGAGCAAAUUGGAGAUGCAACCGCUCAAGAGACAAGUCUUCUGUUUGAACAGCUAGACAUGGGCUACCAUCACGAAACAAAGGAUUCAUCCAGAGCUCCAAUCUGUUCUAAACUAGCCUCUAGCGCUUUUGGAUAUAGCAUGGGAAGACCCUCUGGUGCCACCUCUUCACUUUCCUCCUGCCUGAGGUGGUAUGAAUGUGCUCCCACACCACAGAUGAAAGCAUUCAUCAAGGCUAAGGAAGAAAUGAAGCAGCUAAAGCUACCUGGCUUCUUGUACAGUGAGGUGCCUGAGUUGGCUUCCACUGUCCCCUACUUCAGCUUGGAGGAAGAUGAAAGCUGUGAAGAGGGCAUCCACCUCAUAGUCUGUGUCCAUGGCUUAGAUGGUAACAGUGCAGACCUGAGAUUGGUGAAGACCUACCUGGAGCUUGGGUUGCCUGGUGCCCGCAUAGACUUUCUCAUGUCUGAGAGGAACCAGAAUGACACCUUUGCUGACUUUGAGUCAAUGACAGACCGACUGCUGGAUGAAAUAGUUCAGUAUAUCCAGAUUUACAACCUCACAGUGUCAAAGAUUAGUUUUGUGGGUCACUCCUUGGGAAACCUCAUAGUUCGCUCAGUGCUGACCAGGCCAAGGUUCAAAUGUUACCUGGGGAGGCUGCACACCUUCCUUUCCCUCUCUGGACCUCACUUGGGCACACUGUACAACAGUUCUGCUCUGGUCAAUACAGGCCUUUGGUUCAUGCAGAAGUGGAAAAAGUCAGGCUCACUCCUGCAGCUCACUUGCCGUGAUCACUCUGAUCCUCGCCAAACGUUCCUCUACAAGCUUAGCAAGAAAUCUGGUUUACAGUUUUUCAAGAAUGUUGUGCUGGUGGGGUCGCUGCAGGAUCGUUAUGUCCCGUAUCAUUCUGCUCGCAUAGAAAUGUGCAAAACUGCAUUAAAGGACAAACAAACAGGUCCUGUAUAUGCUGAGAUGAUUGAGAACCUGCUGCUGCCAGUUCUUCAGAACAAAGACUGCAAUCUAGUGCGAUAUGAUGUCAUUCACGCCCUGCCCAAUACAGCCAACUCUCUUAUAGGCCGGGCAGCUCACAUUGCCGUCCUUGAUUCUGAGAUCUUCCUGGAGAAGUUCUUCCUUGUUGCAGGCCUUAAAUUCUUUCAGUAGAACUGCAACCGAACAAAACAUAUGGCUGGACAAGAGGAAUGUGGAGCCAAUACCUCACUGCAUCUAAACCUUAUUCUGAUUAUGGUAUCUGGAUUAUCACUUGGUUUUUAAAUGCAAAUACUUCCUUUUUAAAGACACAAGAGCAAAAUCACAAUUUCCUUUGUUCCGUAUUGUUUAUAAUGAAAUCACAAUGGUUAUUGUGUUCACCAGUUUUAUUUUUCUACUGCCAUUUUUAUAAACAUCAGUUGUUUUGGGCUCGUUUUUGGGAAUUGCUCUCCCCCAUAUUAUGCUAUAUUUCAAUGUUAUUUAUGUGUUACAAGGUUUUUCAAUUGAUUUCAGAUGCUCAACUGGAAAUGUAGCUGCUACAAUGUAAAAUGGCUGUUUUGGUGAGUUGGCCCAAGUCAAGUCUGCACAUAUUGUCCUCACCAUUGCAAAUGUUUUUCACCAGUUUAAGAAACUCUGCAUUCAUUUGCACCACAACUACAUUUUACAAGCUUUUGUACUGAAAACUGUCAUUUGUACAAGUUACUUUUUUAUCAACGAUUUUCCAUCAUUUCUAAAGGCAAAGUUUGAAAUAGGAUUUAAAAUAGGAUUGUUGCUCAGACUUUGCAGCCUUGGCUUUGGUCUUAAAACCUUUAUGCUGUUAUUUGUCAUUGCAGCAUUCUGCACAUGUGCCCGACCUGGUGUUGGGAGAAUACAGCUUUGCCUAAAACAUAACACUUUAUUACAGGGGUUUUAAACAAUGAUCAUGAUUGAGAAAAAUAAGCACAUGUUGGUAAAAUGAACUUGUAAUGAAAGUAUUUGCUUGGAACCUUUUGGUGAUUAUUUAUGUGAUUAAACUGGAAAGUAUUGCUCGGAACAAAAAUAAGUUUCUUGAUAACUGUUUAUAUAUCAUCAUACUCUACCAUUAAAUAUGCAUAUAAUGAAAUGUG